AUGGCCACUGCUGCCCUGCCGGCCACCAACCAGGGCUGGCCGGAGGACUUUGGCUUCCGGCUAGGUGGCUCCGGCCCCUGCUUCGUCCUGGAGGUGGCCGAGGGAAGCAGCGCGCAUGCCGGAGGACUGCGGCCAGGGGACCAGAUCCUGGAGGUGGAGGGGCUGGCGGUGGGUGGUCUGAGCCGCCAGCGCCUCGUGCGCCUGGCACGGCGCUGCCCACGUGUGCCGCCCAGCCUGGGUGUGCUCCCAGGUCCCGACGGUGGCCCCGGCCCGGGAUCCGGCCCCGCAGCCCCAACCACAGUCUGGCGGGCCCCGCGGUGCGGCCGCGGCCUAGCUCUGGGCCGUGAGCUGCUUCGCUUGGUUGGCCGCAAGCGCCCGGAAGCGGUGCACCGAGAGCGCAGGCGCAAGGCCCAGGAGUUCAGCCGCAAGGUGGAUGAAAUCUUGGAGGACCAGCCGACUGCCAAGGAGCAGGUGUUCGCCGCGCUGAAGCAGUUUGCAGCUGAGCAGCGGGUGGAUGACCUGGUGUGGGCUCUCACCCUGGCGCUGCCCCGAGAGGCCUGCGGGCCACUCCUGGACAACCUCAGGAUCUUCAUCCCCAAGAAGCACCGGGCGCGCUUCGACGAGGUGGUGUCACAGGGCCUCCUGGGCAAGCUGUGCCGCGCCCGCCGGGCCCAGGGCGCGCAACGACUGCGCCGGAGCCGCAGCGAGGAGCGGCCCGAGCGCCUCCUGGUAUCCACGCGCGCCAGCGCCGCGCCGCGCCGCCCGGAUGAACCGCCCCCGCGCAGGGCCUCUUUGCUGGUGGGCGGCCUCGCCGGCCCCGGGGGCGCGCGCAGGACUGUCCGAGUCUACAAAGGCAACAAGAGCUUCGGCUUCACACUUCGCGGCCACGGGCCUGUCUGGAUCGAGUCCGUCCUGCCUGGGAGUCCAGCUGACAAUGCUGCCCUCAAGUCAGGUGACCGGAUCCUCUUCCUCAAUGGACUGGACAUGAGGAACUGCUCCCACGACAAGGUGGUGUCCAUGCUGCAGGGCAGUGGUGCCAUGCCCACGCUGGUGGUGGAGGAAGGGCUCGUCCCAUUUGCCAGUGACUCGGAUUCUCUGGACUCGGCCAACCCAUCGUCGGCGCUCACCUCCCUGCAGUGGGUGGCGGAGAUCCUGCCAUCCAGCAUCCGGGUUCAAGGGAGGACCUUCAGCCAGCAGCUGGAGCACCUGCUCACGCCUCCUGAGCGCUAUGGGGUCUGCCGGGCCCUCGAGAGCUUCUUCCAGCACAGAAACAUCGACACCCUCAUCGUUGACGUCUACCCUGUGCUGGACACCCCUGCCAAGCAGGUCCUGUGGCAGUUCAUCUACCAGCUGCUGACCUAUGAGGAGCAGGAGCUCUGCCAGGAGAAAAUCGCAUGCUUCCUGGGCUACACGGCCAUGACAGCAGAGCCGGAGCCUGAGCUGGACCUGGAGCCGGAGCCCACGCCCGAGCCCCAGCCGCGGAGCUCCCUGCGGGCUUCCUCCAUGUGCCGCCGCAGCCUCCGGUCCCAGGGCCUGGAGGCUGGCCUCAGCUGCGGUCCUGGCGAGUGCCCUGAGAUGCCUCUUCCCCUGAUCCCAGGCGAGCGCCAGGCGGGCGAUGGCACUUCCCUCCCUGAAACCCCCAACCCCAAGAUGAUGUCAGCUGUCUAUGCAGAGCUCGAAUCUCGACUGAACAGCAGCUUCAAAGGGAAGAUGGGGACCGUGUCCAAAUCCCGGGCUUCCCCUCCGGGCCCCAGCCCGGCAGUCACCGCAGGGCCCAGGACCCUGUCCGGCGUCUCGUGGCCCAGCGAGCGACUCUUGCCCUCCCCCUGCUACCACCCGCUGUGUUCGGGGGGCCUGGCCUCCCCCAGCAGCUCUGAGUCCCACCCCUACGCCAGCCUGGACAGCAGCAGGGCGCCCUCCCCACAGCCAGGCCCCGGGCCCAUCUGCCCUGACAGCCCCCCAAGCCCGGACCCCGCCCGCCCGCCCAGCCGCAGGAAGCUCUUCACCUUCUCCCACCCUGUGCGAAGCCGCGAUACUGACCGCUUCCUGGACGUGCUGAGCGAGCAGCUGGGCCCCCGGGUCACCAUCGUGGAUGAUUUCCUGACCCCCGAGAAUGACUACGAGGAGAUGAGCUUCCAUGAUGACCAGGGCAGCUUCGUAACCAAUGAGCGGAGCAGCGCCAGUGACUGCGUCAGCAGCAGCGAAGAAGGCAGCUCCCUGACCUACUCCUCCAUCUCUGACCACAUCCCCCCACCCCCACUCAGCCCCCCACCACCACCACCCCUGCCUUUCCAUGACCCCAAGCCCAGCUCCCGCAGCUCUGAUGGUUCCCGGGGCCCUGCUCAGGCGCUGACCAAGCCCCUCACCCAACUCAGCCACCCAGUCCCUCCACCACCCCCACCGCCCCUGCCCCCACCCGUGCCCUGUGCGCCUCCCAUGCUGUCCCGGGGCCUGGGCCACCGGCGUAGUGAGACCAGCCACAUGAGUGUCAAGCGCUUGCGGUGGGAACAGGUGGAGAACUCAGAAGGCACCAUCUGGGGUCAGCUCGGGGAAGACUCCGACUACGACAAGCUGAGUGACAUGGUGAAAUACCUUGACCUGGAGCUCCACUUCGGCACCCAGAAACCUGCUAAACCGGUGCCGGGGCCGGAGCCCUUCCGGAAGAAGGAGGUGGUGGAGAUCCUGUCCCAUAAGAAGGCCUACAACACCUCCAUCCUCCUGGCGCACCUGAAGCUGAGCCCCGCGGAGCUGCGCCAGGUGCUGAUGAGCAUGGAGCCCCGGCGCCUGGAGCCCGCGCAUCUGGCGCAGCUGCUGCUCUUCGCGCCCGACGCCGACGAGGAGCAGCGCUACCAGGCCUUCCGCGAGGCGCCCGGCCGCCUCAGCGAGCCGGACCAGUUCGUCCUGCAGAUGCUGUCAGUUCCCGAAUACAAGACGCGCCUGCGCAGCCUCCACUUCCAGGCCACCCUUCAGGAGAAGACAGAGGAGAUCCGUGGCAGCCUUGAAUGCUUGCGCCAGGCCUCCCUGGAGCUCAAAAACAGUCGGAAACUCGCCAAGAUCCUGGAGUUUGUGUUGGCCAUGGGCAACUAUCUCAACGAUGGACAGCCCAAAACCAACAAGACCACUGGCUUCAAGAUCAACUUUCUGACAGAGCUGAACUCCACCAAGACAGUAGAUGGGAAGUCCACCUUCCUGCACAUCCUUGCCAAAUCGCUGAGCCAGCACUUCCCUGAACUCCUGGGCUUUGCUCAGGACCUGCCCACUGUGCCCCUGGCUGCCAAAGUGAACCAACGGGCCCUGACCAGCGACCUGGCCGACCUCCAUGGCACUAUCAGCGAGAUACAGGAUGCCUGUGAGAGCAUUUCCCCCUCCAGCGAGGACAAGUUUGCAGUGGUCAUGUCGUCCUUCCUGGAGACGGCCCAGCCUGCGCUUCGGGCACUGGACGGGCUGCAGCGCGAGGCCAUGGAGGAGCUGGGCAAGGCGCUGGCCUUCUUCGGGGAGGAUUCCAAGGCCACCACCUCUGAGGCUUUCUUCGGCAUCUUUGCAGAGUUCAUGAGCAAAUUCGAGCGAGCGCUGAGUGACCUGCAGGCCGGGGAGGGCCCGCGCAGCUCCGGGAUGGUUUCACCCCUGGCCUGGUGA